GCUUCCGUAAGGGCGCGCGGAAGUGUAUAGUGCGCAGGCACACGGGCCACGGACUAUGGCCACCUCCUCCGUGUCCAAGGGCUGUUUUGUGUUUAAACCAGACUUCAAAAAAAGAAAGAUCUCUGUACCAAUAGAGGACUAUUUUCAUAAUGAAGAACUUGACUCUGAGGACAGUAAACUUCGAUUUGAAACGUAUCACUUGCUAUGGCAACGGAUGAAAUCUGAAACAGAGCAAUUACAGGAGGAAUUAAAUGAAAAUCUGUUUGAUAACCUAGUUGACUUUCUGCAGAAGUCCCAUUCUGAAUUCCAGAAAAAUUCCAGAAACUGGGGCUCUCAAAUGAAACUCAGAGAAAUUCCAACAGCUGCUCUUAUUCUUGGUGUGAAUGUCACGGAUCAUGAUGUGAUAUUCAGAAGUCUAACAGAGACCCUUCAGAAUAAUGUCACACCAUAUGUAGUCUCACUGCAGGCUAAGGAUUGUCCAGAUGUGAAACAUUUUUUACAAAAGUUGACCUUACAGUUGAUGGACUGCUGUGUAGAUAGAAAUUCCAAGGAGGAGAAAAGUGAUAAGAUCACCAGAAAGACAAAUUAUUCAAUGGAUUCCCUUUCUAGUUGGUAUUCAACAGUCACACAGAACACAGGCCCCAAACUGACAAGCAAAAAGAGGCCAGCGUCUAGCUACUGGCAGUCUCCUCCUGUGGUGCUUCUUUUAAAGAGCAUGGAGAGCUUCAGCACAAACGUACUCCAAGACUUCAUAACCAUCAGCAGUCAGCAUCUGCAUGAGUUUCCUCUAAUUCUCAUUUUUGGGAUCGCCACAUCUCCUGUUAUUAUCCACCGACUGCUUCCUCAUUCAGUGUCAUCUCUGUUGUGUAUAGAACUGUUCCAGUCUCUGUCUUGCAAGGAACACCUGACAGUACUUCUUGAUAAGCUGCUUCUUACACCUCGGUUUCCCUUUAAAUUAAGUAAAAAGGCAUUACAGGUUCUGACCAACAUCUUUUUGUAUCAUGAUUUCUCAAUUCAAAACUUCAUCAAAGGACUUAAGCUUUCUCUACUAGAACAUUUUUAUUCCCAACCCUUAAGUGUUCUGUGCUGCGAUCUCUCAGAAGCCAAAAAAAGAAUAAAUGGUUUCUCAGUUAUUGAAUGUGAAGACAUCCGGCGCCUUCCUUCAUUUAGGAGGUACGUGGAAAAUCAACCUUUAGAAAAGCAAGUUGCACUUUUGACAAAUGAGACCCUUUUAAAGGAGAAAGCCCAAUCAUUGUUGGAAGAUCUGCAUGUUUACCAUAUCAAUUACUUCCUUGUUUUGAGAUGUCUUCAUAAUUUUACCUGUUCUCUUCCCAAGUACCCACUGGGUCGACAGAUUAGGGAGCUGUAUUGCACAUGUUUAGAAACGAAGAUUUGGGAUUCGGAGGAGUAUGCAUCAGCCUUGCAGCUGCUGAGAAUGCUUGCAAAGGAUGAACUGAUAAGUGUACUUCAGCAGUGUCUUGAGGUUUUGAACUCCUCUACUGAAAAGCAGCUUGGCAAUGCAACACAGAUAAUAGAGGAUUUCCUGACACAGUUUCAGAACCUUGAUGAUAGCAAAGAGGAAGAGGAUGCUUGUGGAUCACAGCCAAAGGGGCUGCAGAAGACAGAUCUGUAUCACCUUCAGAAGUCCUUACUGGAAAUGAAAGAGUUAAGGAGAACAACUAAGAAGCCAACCAAGUUUGAAAUGCUCAGAGAAAAUGUUAUUAACUUCAUCGACAACCUGGUGAGAGACUACCUUCUGCCUCCUGAGAGCCAGCCUCUGUAUGAGGUAGUGUACUUCAGUGCUGCCAACACACUUCGUGAGCACUUAAAUGCUGCUCCAAGAAUCGCUCUCCACACUGCACUCAACAACCCUUAUUAUUACCUAAAGAAUGAAGCACUGAAAAGUGAGGAAGGCUGCAUUCCAAAUAUUGCCCCUGACAUCUGCAUAGCGUAUAAACUGCACCUGGAGUGUAGCCGGCUCAUUAACCUUGUUGACUGGUCAGAGGCUUUUGCAACAGUUGUGACAGCUGCUGAGAAAACAGAUGCAAAUUCUACAGUCUCAGAAGAAAUGAGUGAAGUUAUCCAUGCUCGAUUUAUUAGAGCUGUUUCUGAAUUAGAACUUUUAGGCUUUAUAAAACCUACAAAACAGAAGACUGACCACGUUGCAAGGCUCACAUGGGGAGGCUGCUAAAAAGCAAACAAGUGAAGACAAGAGGUCCACGGCUGACUUAAGGCGGAAAGCAAAUCUGGUAUAUUUGUAUAUUUGUAUCAAAAUGUUUUUGGAGUACUUCAAAAUCUAACAAAUACAUAAAGCCUUUAAACAUUAUCAGUAUAAAAUACUUCAUUCUUGUCUAGUGUGCAGAUGCUACAACUUCUUACGCAUAGCUAUGUGUCAACAGCACCCACUUCUCUCUAGAGAACUUGCAGCACUCCGCACACCAGUGCACUGCAUAUAGUCAACCUUGCAGCUGUUUUCCUUGCUAGAAAGGCUCUAACAUUGCCUCUGCCUCCCCAUUUCUUGUAGCCUUGGCAACUCACCAGGACCAGAGCUAUUCACAAGAACAGUCAUGGAGACUUACAACCAGGCCUCACUGUUGCCCUCACUUACAAAACUCAGAAAUGUAAAGGUUCAGUGGAAUAAUAUCCUGAUCUCUUUCAUGAUAAGAACUUAAGAAUCAGACACCUAAAGCUCAUUAUUUAGUGUUCAACCCCCAAGAGAAUUAUAACAAAAUUGUUCACAAAUGAUUCAGAGAGCCCAUGUCCAGAAAACUUUUUUUAAAGCCUUUACUUUGACUUGUAUUGCAGGGUAUGUGCCAAGAGUAUGAUCUGUCCUCUAUGCCCUCAUCCCCAAGGGCUAAGAUAAUAAGGAAUUUACAUUAUGCUCAGAUGAGAAAACAUGUCUUUUAACAACACAUUUUAUGCAUAUAAAAUACAGAGGAACUGGUCUUAAUACUGGCAUAUUUUUAUCUUGUCUGUCUGGGGCAUGUGUUCUUACUUGUAUUUUUCUUUUCCUAGGCAUUUACAACACCUGCAUUUGUACAUGUAUGCAUGUUGACUUUUCUCUCUACCACCUAAGAUUAACACAAUGGAAAUUGUUUUCAUACUAUCAAAAAGACCUGUAGGACUGAACCAUUAAACUGAUUUGUUUAGUUUCUUGGUAUCCUAUAAAAAUCAAUCCUUAGUUGAGGUGCAUGGCACUUCUCAGAUAUUUCAGAGAACAGGAUCAGUGUUUUCCUUGUCCUUUAUUUAGCAAAACACUAUUACACAUACAAGAGGGUAAGAAGUAGGAUUGUCAUUGUGGUUUUAAAGAGUGGUCAAAGCAGACCUCACUUGAGGAAAGGUAAAAGGAGUGAAAAAAACUAUCCAGGAGGAUUGAUGGGUGAGCCCACCAAGCAGGGAACAGCAGUAACCAAUGUCCUAGGACAUUUGGAGUAUCCCAAGCUAGAAUGGGUCAAGGGGCUCAAACAAUAGGAACUGAACAAAUAGGACAAGAGUAGUGAAGCUGCAGGUAAUGAAGCUUGUUUUCUUAAGUAAGAAGCAAAAGAGCAAAGUAAGCCUUUCCGUGAUCAACACAUGUUGUGAGAGCACAGUUAGAGGACCAGUUAGCUGACCAGAGUAAUUCGGGCAAGGCAAAUCUUAGACAAAUCCUAACAGCAGCAGGGUUGGUGACACUGUAGAUAACCUACAAUUAGAUGCACAAUUAGAGCCUUAAUAUCCUUUCUGCUUAUAAACAUAGAAAUAACAUUGCUAUCAGGGCUUGCUAUAGCCACCAUGGUGGCACUACUGCUCACUGGUGGAAUCUCUAGAAACUAAGGUCUAAUGGGAAUUUCUCAAGUCAUUGGGAGCAUGGCCCUGAGGAAAAGGGUAAGGUCCAACAGUUGUCUUUAUUGUUUCCUGGCCCAUGAGGUAACAGUUUAGCUCUAAACUGGACUCCAGCCAUGUCUGCUGCCUCAUUAAAGACCAGAGCAACAAGGACAAUUGAUCAUAUACUGAAACUUUCAAAAUGGAAUUAAAAUAAACUUCAUGACUUUACCUGAGUAUUUUAUUGUAGUUAUGGAAGGCUAACUGAUUAAAAUAUACAGCAGCAAAAAAUGAGUUUGGCUUUGGAUAUAAAAACAAAAAUCAGGAGAUACCUGUUAGAGACAUUCCAGUGAAAUGCUACAGAGUCAGGUGAACAAAAUCUUGUUAUUAGAGAAGAGAUCACCAAAGCCAGCACUGAAAGGAGAGGCAAGGAGAUCCAAUCCCAGGCUUUGAGGUUCAUGCUUAUUUAUAAUUAGAAACUCAAGAGAACAUUGAAAGUGAAAGAAAUCAGGCAAGUUAUCUUAGAAGCCAAAUGAAGACUUUGACUCUUAUAUAUUAGUCAUAGAUUAAAUUAAACAAUGCAGUAAUGGUAGGUAAUUUGGUUAAUUGAAGAUAAACUUACCAAGUGAGCUAACCAAGUAUCAAACUGAACAGCAACCUGGGAAAAAGCCAUAUGCUUUACUUCAUAACAUGGACUCCAUAGCAUCACCUUACAUUCUUAACACAAAAGGUUUACCCUAAACACUAAAACAAUUCACAAGUUAAAAACUCUUCUAAAGACCAGAAUUUGGUUUGUGCCAACCACAACCACAUCUUGCUCCAGGGGACCUACCACCCUCUCUCUGGCCUCUGUGAGCAUUUGCACAGCCGUGUGGACAUAUACAAGUAUUAAAACUUUUAGAUUGGUCUUCUAGUUUAUAACUUCUAAAAGGACAGGUCAUGUUAAUGGUAGCACCAAAAAAAAAAAAAAACACCUUAAAAUACAGCUUAGUCUUUCCAGAAAGUUGGGAAUCUUGAUUGAAUCCUUGGGAAAAGAGGAGGGGCUGGGAGUGCUAAAAGCACUUGGAAAACCGGAGAGAUAAUGCAGAUAGACAGCACAAAGGUCAGAGAGAAGCAUACAUGUUUGGCAUUAACAAGUACAACUUCCGAACACAGUUUAGCAGUUUAUACUUGAAAAAUUCAAGUAGGUAAUGACACUAUUUGUUUGACUUCUAUGAAUGUUUUCCUAACAAGUUGAGGGCUAGAUUUGAAAGCUAAUGUGGAGAUUUUAGUUGACACAGUGGGGUAACGGGAGAUACCAUUAACACUGUAGAAUGCACAGAUACAUCCCAAAGUACCAAUAGUAUUGAAACUGAAUCUAAGUGUGAGAUUUGUUCACUUUACAGCCAGCUGCUCUGUUGUAUGACUUCUGUUUCUUGUGCACUGAUGGACUUUGGGCCUGCCUGGGAUCUUGUAAAAGCUAUAGAACACACUUUGGGGGCUUAUUUUUAAAUGAGGUUAGUAAGUUAAAAAUGAAAUAGUAUAUUUUAAGAUUAGUCUAAUGACUGGACAUAUGCUAUUAAAAUUCAAAGGGGGCCAGAGAGAUAGCUUAGCAGUUAAUAAUUGCUGCUCUUGCAGAGGACUUCCGGGAAUUUGGUUCCUAGCUGUUGAGCAGCUCAACAACUGGCUGUCUGUCUUAUGGCCUCAGGCACAUAAACAUAUACAAAUAAAAUCUUUUCUUAAAAAUAAGAAUUCGCUGAGCAAUAUUGAGGGGGGUGGCCCUUAACCCCUAAUCCUGGCCCAAAUACCAAGUGUGUGGCUAAUACCUUCAGCUUUCUCACUACUUCAUGAGAAAGCUUUAUUUGGAAACCCAGGUGUGGAAAGUGUUACAUUUAAUUCAUUCAUUCACUGUGGUAUUAGUUUUUUGAAAGUAUUAUUUAAUGUUUUAUUUAUGUGUGCUUGCCUGAGUAUGUCUGUACCAUAUGCAUCCUGGAGACCAUGGAGUUCAGAAAAGGCAUUAGUUGGUGAGCUGUUGUAUAGGAUCUGGGAACCAAACCAGGGUCUUCUGAAAAGGAACCAGAACUUUUACCUGCUGAGCUCCUGUCCAGCCCUUAAGAUGUUAAUUUUGUCAUCUCAACAGUACCUAGGAUUUUCUAAGUCUCAACAAGGCUUGUUUAGAUCAGGUUAGCCUGUGGGCAUGUCUGUGGGUGACUGAAUUGCCUUAACCAAUUAGGAAGAGAGCCAACCAGAAAGUGGUGGAGCCAUCCACUACACAUUUAUUGCUCUCUGCUCUUGUGGCUGUAAGCUCCUGCUCUUUUCAUUUCCCCACAGUGAUAGACUGCAACCUGGAAUUCUGAGCUAACAUAAACACUCAAUACCCUAAACUGCUUUUUGCAGGGUUAUUUUAUCAUAUAUCAAAUCAUUCAAAACCAUCAAAACUGGAUUCAAAAGAUCUACAGCUCUUUUAGAACUUGUUAUAUAACAUGCUGGUAUACAGCAAGUUACAGAAGCAGUUUUUGAAUCAGAAUUUAAUUUCUGAAAACAGCAUUUAAAAGGUAAAUAUUACCAGAAAAUUAACUUGAUUUCUAGAAAAUACUUAACGUUUAAAAACACUACUUUAUUCCAAUACUACCCAUGUGUACAAUUCGAAAACAGGCAGAAUAGAAGUAAAUGUUUUAUUUUUCCAACUAAACUCCAGUGCUACAAGGGCAGUAAAACAAUAAUACACUGGGGAGGGGUGCAGCAAUAAACAUUUGUUAAAAAGACUGAUAGAAUAAAUAAAACUACC